CAUCCGUGUAGGCGCUCCCUCUGCGCCUGCAUCUUUUCCUUUAGUCACUUUGAGAUCAAUGCAGACGGAUAAGGGGGAAGUGGGAAACCAGAUCGAGAGGGAGGAAGGGAAGAGGGUGGCCUUGGGUUGUCCAGAUGAGAAUCGCAGAUAUUGAUGCGUUGAGGUGCGUCUUGCUCACGAAAACCAUUUCCCGGUCACAUAGGUGGCACAAGAGACAGCAUGCAUGUCGAGCAAGCAUUCAAGCAGGUCGACAGAUACCUGCCUUGUUGCUCGAUUCGGUUUUCUUGGAGACGGGAUAGAUAGGUCGAACCACACAUUGUACAGAGUCCUCAGUUCAUUCGUUGUCAAGCAUAAAAACCACUACUCGUGCCACUUUUUCUCGAGGAAUAUUUAUUGGCAUCUUGAUACUGCUUGAGCACCUUGGAGGGAAUAGCGUUUUGAGGGAACAUUGACGUCAGAAUUUGAAUUUGGGUCUUGACAUCGGGACUGUUGUUGGAUGCUAGGGUUUCUCCAUCUUUAGGUUGAACCUCUUGUGUAUCCAGUUUUCAAUAUCCAGCUGCUUGAUGACUUGGCUGUCCUUGAGGGUUUCGUGUUCAAAUUCGGUUCUUGUUUCUUGAUAGGUCCACUUUGACGCAGCCCAACUUGAGAGGAUCUCUUUGCUUGCCUUGUGAAGGUGUAUGGAUUGCACAGACUGGCUGAAGUUGCGCAACAUCACGGUAUCUGGGUAUGAUAUUCAGUGGGACAUUUCUGCCAAUGCCUCUGCGCUGGACACAGGUCCUCUGGGUGCUCUUGAACGGCUCUCCGAAGACUUUGGAGAGUACGAGAGGAGCUCUAAGAACCAGCUGAAAGACCGUAAGAUGCAAGAACAGAUGCAAUGUGGUGAAGAAGAUAAGAGGUACCUCUGUAAGUGACACAGAGUUGUCGUGCACGAUCGAGGACGUAGUACGCAUGCGCCUUAAGGUCAACGUCCCCUCGUGCAAGAAGCUAUAAGCCUCUGGAGAUGCGGAAAUAUUCCAAGCAGGAGAACUUCCAAGGCAAGCAAGCAUAGAAUUUUGAACUGCAACAGAAGUGCAAACCACCUCGCCUCGUUCAUCACAUUUCACCAAUCGACGGGUUCAUGCGACGGUCGUAAAUGUUCUUGUCAUAGGUCCCGUAUGGAAGGCGUAUCAGGUUUCUGGAGCGGAAGGAGAAAGAGAGAUGGGAAGGCAGAAGAGAUGUGGUGAGGAGGGUGCAGAACUUCGGAGGUGGCGGAGAGCGGCUGAGGAGCAGCACUAGGGACCAGAACGUUCGUCCUCACUUCUGUUGAUAUUCAUCUCGACCGCAGUGCCCAUCGCGCUGCCUGGCGUACCUGUGGUAUCUAAGCCAAUUCUCUGAACCGUUCGAAUUCGCCUCGAGGAACUUGCAGGAUGCUACAGAAAUUCCACGGAAGCGGAUUCAACGAGAGAUGAUUUGCCUCCGGAUUUGCAGUUGUCGUGUCUCGCGAUCGAGCCGGUGCUGAAAACGGACAACGCCCUCCUCGCUUGGCCACAAUUCAUUCUUAACGACCUAAAAUUAUAUUUCACCCUAACCUCUCCGUCACCCGCUUUCUCUCACUCCCUCUCUCACCUAGCUUGCUCGAAGCAACUAUCUCUCUUGCGCUCUCUUUCCGUAACUCGUCUACCGUUCUUUCCCUUUAUUCUAUACUCAAUAUCAACGCGUAAAAAUGGCACAACGUGCUAGAUCUACCCCGCCCGCUCGCCCUCAGCCCUCGCAACUUGCAAUCACGUUUCAGCAAUGCCAGAAGCGAUAUGCGAAUCGUCCGAUAGAUCACUUUCCCUGGAAGGAUUUCCAUUUGAGAAUGUCAGGACAUGGAUAUGUUGUUGGGACUGAUUGGGCAAUGUCAACCUUCGAUACGCGUACGGAGGACCAAUUCUUUGAUCGUAAACGCCUUCAGACAAUCGAUGAAAACACCGAAGUCCUGUUCUUUCACCCCUUCGACCCGCUUAACUACUCAAACGAUGCUCUGGACUUCAAUGUUGCAGAGGACGACAAAGUUUGGUUCGAGGAGCCUGCGCUAGAAGGUGUCUUGAAGAAAUUAUAUGUUGGCACGAAGUCUGCCCUCUCGCAGCUUGAGCUCAAAGCUCGGCGUGUCUACUAUCAUCUUUUUGGCCAUUCGUAA